AUGGAUAAACUAUAUAUCACCCGUAUAAAAUUGGAUAAAUCAACUCAAAAAAAAAUUCCCGAUAAUAGACGUAUACAACCCGAUUAUACGCUACUUGAAAAUGGCUUUGAAAAUAUGGUAUUAUAUAAACGUAUGCACUUUAUUUGUUACUGA